GAAUAGAAUACCAUAGAUUUAUUGUCUAUAAGUAAUAUACAUUUUAAUAAUCAAGGAAGCUUAAAUAUCAUUCGAGACCAUAGAUACAACACUAUAUUUAACCAAUGUUCACAUUGUUGUUAUUGAAUCAAUAUACACAAUGCAAAUUAUGAGGUAUUUACAUGGACCUUAUGGUAUGUAACAAAAAUGAAACACAACUCAUAUCCAAAUAAUUUGUAUAGUUGUUGUGCAUGUAUCCUAAUGAAUACAUUUAACCUAACUAAUUUAUUACUGCUAGUUUCAAUCAGCUACAAGGCUGAUGGGAAAAUAAGUGGGCGGUUAAUUAAUAACAAAAGUAAACCUUUAUAUACCAUAUAUAACCUGCCUUUCGUCCUGCUUUUCCUUGAAUUCAUAUAUUAGCACCUAUUAUUUUGUUUAAAUAUAUGGACGUUACCUAAAAAUAUAUGAACUAGCUAUAUUUCCCUACUAAACAUUAUUGAUUUAUUAUAAGGUGCAUCUUAUUUUUGAUUGGUUGAUUCAAAUCAAUAAUGGUCUGUGCUGAAUUCUAACCAAUAGGAUUUAUGCUAUAAUUCCCAUCUAUAUAUAUAAUAAUAAUAAUACAAUUGCCUGAAUUAUACUCUGACAUAUUAUUGUCGUUUCAUCAUAUUUAUUCGUACUUUGUUAACAAUAAUAAACUACCGCUUUUUAUUUUCGUCAUAUCUAUAUUAUUCAAGAGGAAAUUUAUACAUAAUUCAUUGAAUAUAUACAAAUAAUAUACAGUGAUUAAAUAAUGGAUCCAUCAGAUCCAGAUUUCAAAUAUUUGGGUGUAGAUCGAAAAGCUUUAUUAAAAGAAUUGGCUAAUUUUGAUAGCAAAAAUGUGAUAUGGGUUGAAGAUGAAAAAGAAGGUUAUAUAUUAGCUGAUAUUAAAGAUACAACUGGUGAUACAAUUACAGUAGCACUUAAAGAUGGAAGCGAAAAGAAAGUUAAAAAAGAUGAUGCACAACAAGUUAAUCCACCGAAAUUCUUUUUAAUUGAAGAUAUGGCUAAUUUGACACAUUUAAAUGAUGCUUCUGUUUUGGAGAAUUUACGUGCACGUUAUUAUAGACAAUUGAUCUAUACUUAUUCAGGAUUAUUUUGUGUAGCAGUUAAUCCUUAUAAACGUUUUCCAAUUUAUACGGAACAAGUUGCAUUAAAAUAUAAAGGAAAAAGACGUGGUGAAAUGCCACCACAUAUUUUUUCAAUUUCUGAUAAUGCUUAUCAUAAUAUGUUACAAGAUCGUGAAAAUCAAUCCAUUCUGAUUACAGGUGAAAGUGGUGCCGGAAAAACAGAAAAUACAAAGAAAGUUAUUUCAUAUUUUGCUGUUGUUGCAGCAGCUUCAAAGAAAGAGGAUGAUGAUGCUAGUAAAAAGGGAACACUUGAAGAUCAAAUUGUUCAAGCUAAUCCAGUUCUAGAAGCAUAUGGUAAUGCAAAGACUACAAGAAAUAAUAAUUCAUCUAGAUUUGGAAAAUUCAUUCGUAUUCACUUUGGUACAACUGGUAAAAUCGCUGGAGCUGAUAUUGAACAUUAUUUGCUUGAGAAAUCUCGUGUAGUUUCACAAAUGAAAGGAGAACGUAAUUAUCAUAUUUUCUAUCAAUUAUUAUCAACUUAUGGUUCAAAAUAUCACGACAAAUUAUUAGUUCAAACUGAUCCUGCUUUAUACAGUUUCAUUAAUCAAGGAGAGUUAACUAUUGAUGGUGUAGAUGAUAGUGAAGAAAUGAAAUUGUGCGAUGAAGCUUUUGACGUUCUUGGAUUUAAUGAUGAUGAAAAAUUAUCAUUAUUCAAAUGUACUACAUCAAUUUGUAAUAUGGGUGAAAUGAAAUUUAAGCAAAGACCAAGAGAAGAACAAGCUGAAGCUGAUGGAACUGCUGAAGCAGAAAAAGUUGCAUUUCUUUUAGGUGUUAAUGCAAAAGAUCUAUUAACUUCAUUUUUAAAACCAAAAGUUAAAGUUGGUACAGAAUUUGUAACUAAAGGUCAAAAUUUAAAUCAAGUUACAUAUGCAGUCAGCGCUUUAGCUAAAUCUCUGUAUAAUCGUAUGUUUGGUUGGUUAGUAGCUCGUGUCAAUAAAACUUUGGAUACAAAAGUUAAACGUCAAUUUUUCAUUGGUGUACUGGAUAUUGCAGGUUUUGAGAUUUUCACUGAAAAUGGUUUUGAACAAAUCUGUAUUAAUUACACGAAUGAACGUCUACAACAAUUCUUCAACCAUCAUAUGUUUGUCUUAGAACAAGAAGAAUAUAAACGUGAAAAGAUUCAAUGGACAUUUAUUGAUUUCGGUAUGGAUUUGCAAGCUUGUAUAGAUUUAAUUGAAAAGCCUAUGGGUAUCUUGUCCAUUCUAGAAGAAGAAUGCAUCGUUCCCAAAGCUUCGGAUCAAACAUUCUUGUCGAAAUUAUAUGAUAAUCAUUUAGGUAAAAGCCCUAAUUUCACAAAACCGAAGCCGCCGAAGCCAGGACAUGUAGAAGCUCAUUUCGAAUUGCACCAUUAUGCUGGAUCUGUUCCAUACACAAUAACUGGAUGGUUAGAAAAGAAUAAGGAUCCACUUAAUGACAGUGUAGUUGCAUUAUUAGGUGGUAGUAAAGAUCCUUUAGUAUCCAAUCUAUUUACUCCAGUUGUCGGUGAACCUGGUAAAAAGACGAAAGGUGGCUCUUUCUUGACAGUGACCUACAUGCACAGGGAAUCACUGAAUAAACUAAUGAAAAAUUUACAAAGUACCAGUCCUUCAUUUAUUCGUUGUAUUGUACCGAAUGAAUUUAAACAACCAGGUGUAAUUGAUGCUCAUUUGGUUUUGCAUCAGUUACAUUGUAAUGGUGUACUUGAAGGAAUUCGUAUUUGUCGUAAAGGUUUUCCAAAUCGUAUGAUUUAUUCUGAAUUCAAACAACGUUACUCAAUUUUGGCACCAAAUGUUAUACCUGAUGGAUUUGUUGAUGGUCGUCAAGUUACAGAGAAAUUAUUAGAAGCAACACAAUUAGAUAAAAAUUUAUAUCAAUGCGGUAAUACCAAAGUAUUUUUCAAAGCUGGUACAUUAGCUCAUUUAGAAGAUUUACGUGAUGAUAAAUUAAAUGGUAUAAUUAGUUUAUUCCAAGCAGAAAUUCGUGGUUAUUUAAUGAGAAAACAAUAUAAAAAAUUACAAGAUCAACGUGUUGCCCUAACAUUAAUGCAACGUAAUAUACGUAAAUAUUUAGUAUUACGUAAUUGGCCAUGGUGGAGAUUAUAUACCAAAGUGAAACCAAUGUUAAAUAUAGCACGUCAAGAAGAAGAAAUGAAAAAAGCCGCCGAAGAAUUAGCUAAAUUAAAAGAAGAAUUUGAAAAAUUAGAAAAAUUAAAAAAAGAAUUAGAAGAACAAAAUGUCACUGUAUUACAACAAAAAAAUGAUUUAUUUUUACAAUUACAAACUGAACAAGAUAGUUUAGCGGAUGCUGAAGAGAAAAUUUCAAAACUUGUAUUACAACGUGGUGAUAUGGAACAACGUAUUAAAGAAUUAGAAGAACGUUUAGCUGAUGAAGAAGAUCAAGCAGCAAAUUUAAAUGAAGUUAAAAAGAAAAUGUCUAGUGAAAUUGAAGAAUUAAAAAAAGAUGUAGAAGAUUUAGAAUCAUCAUUACAAAAAGCUGAACAAGAAAAACAAACAAAAGAUAAUCAAAUACGUACAUUACAAGCUGAAAUGGCACAACAAGAUGAAACUAUUGGAAAAUUAAAUAAAGAUAAAAAGAAUUUAGAAGAACAAAAUAAACGUACACAAGAAGCAUUACAAGCUGAAGAGGAUAAAGUGAAUCAUUUAAAUAAAUUAAAAGCAAAAUUAGAAUCAACAUUAGAUGAAAUGGAAGAAAAUCUAGCUCGUGAACAAAAGAUUCGUGGUGAUGUCGAAAAAUCCAAACGUAAAUUAGAAGGUGAUUUAAAAGCUACACAAGAAACUGUUGAUGAUUUGGAACGUGUAAAACGUGAUUUAGAAGAGCAAUUACGACGUAAAGAAGCUGAAAUUGGUGGUUUAAGUGGGAAAUUUGAAGAUGAACAAGGUUUAGUUGCACAAUUACAAAGAAAAAUUAAAGAACUUCAAACACGUAUACAAGAAUUAGAAGAAGAUUUAGAAGCGGAACGUGCAGCUCGUUCAAAAGCUGAGAAAAGUCGACAACAGCUUGAAAGUGAAUUAGAAGAGGUUGUAGAUCGUUUAGAAGAACAAGAUGGUGCUACAGCAGCACAAAGUGACUUAACUAAAAAACGUGAAGCAGAAUUAAUGAAAUUAAAACGUGAUUUAGAAGAUACACGUUUACAAAAUGAACAAGCAAUAGCUACAAUGCGUAAAAAACAAAGUGAUGCUGUCAAUGAAUUAGCUGAUCAAUUAGAUCAAGCCAAUAAAGCUAAAGCAAAGGCUGAAAAAGAACGAAGUCAAUUCAAAGCCGAAUUAGAUGAUGCACAUAAUCAGGUGGAUAGUAUUAUGAAAGCUAAAUUGAAUUCUGAGAAAACAGUGAAGGCUCUAGAAUCUCAGUUACAAGAAGUUUCAGUGAAAUUAGAUGAAGCUACAAGAAAUUUGAAUGAGCAAGCUUCGACUAAAGCACGCAGCAGUCAAGAAGUUUCUGAAUUACAACGACAAUUAGAAGAAGCUGAGUCACAAUUAAGCCAAUUGAACAAAAUUAAACAACAACUAAGUGCACAACUUGAAGAAGCACGUCAUAGUUUGGAAGAUGAAAGUCGAAUGAAAGCUAAACUAAACGGUGAAGUACGUAAUUUAACUAGUGACUUAGAUUCAUUACGUGAAACAUUAGAAGAAGAACAAUCAGCUAAAGGUGAUUUACAACGUCAAUUACAAAAAUUACAAGGUGAAUUACAACAAUUACGUUCACGUGGUGGCGGUGGUGGAGAUGUACGUUCUGAAGAAGUUGAAGAAUUAAAACGUAAAAUGAAUGCUAAAAUACAAGAAUUAGAAUCAGAAGCUGAAUCAGCCAAAUCAAAAUGUGGACAAUUAGAAAAAACGAAAGCACGUUUACAAGGUGAAUUAGAAGAUUUAAUGGUUGAUGUUGAACGUGCUAAUGGUUUAGCUAGUCAAUUAGAACGUAAACAAAAUAAUUUCAAUCGUACAUUAGCUGAAUGGCAAAAGAAAUAUGCUGAUUCUCAAGCUGAAUUAGAAAAUGCUCAACGUGAUGCACGGGGUCAAUCAACCGAAAUCUUCCGAUUAAAAGCUCAAUUAGAAGAAGUACAUGAGCAAAUGGAAGGACUUCGUAGAGAAAAUAAGAAUUUGAGUGAUGAAAUUCAUGAUUUAACUGAACAGUUGGGUGAAGGUGGACGUUCAGUACAUGAAAUUGAUAAAAAUAGACGACGACUUGAAAUGGAAAAGGAGGAACUACAAGCUGCAUUAGAAGAAGCUGAAAGUGCAUUGGAACAAGAAGAAGCUAAGGUUCAACGUGCUCAACUUGAAAUGAGUCAAAUUCGUCAAGAAAUUGAUCGACGAUUAGCUGAAAAAGAAGAAGAAUUUGAAGCUACACGUAAAAAUCAUCAACGAGCUAUGGAAUCACAACAAGCUAGUUUAGAAGCUGAAGCAAAGGGUAAAGCAGAAGCUAUGCGUGUAAAAAAGAAACUUGAACAAGAUAUUAAUGAAUUAGAAGUUAGUUUAGAUGGUGCAAAUCGUGCUAGAGCUGAACAAGAGAAAAAUGUGAAAAAGUUCCAACAACAAGUACGUGAAUUACAAUCACAAUUAGAAGAUGAUCAACGUCAACGUGAUGAUUUACGUGAACAAUUUCAAGCUGCUGAACGUCGUGCAACUGUAUUAGCUGGUGAAUUAGAUGAAUUACGUAUAGCAUUAGAUCAAGCUGAACGUAGUCGUAAAAUAGCUGAAGCUGAACGUGCUGAAGCAUCAGAUCGAGCGACAGAAAUGUCUACACAAACCGCGUCAUUAGCUGCACAAAAACGUAAACUUGAAGCUGAUUUAGCUGCUAUGCAAGCCGAUUUAGAAGAAGCUGCCAAUGAAGCUAAACAAGCUGAUGAACGAGCUAAAAAAGCUAUGGCUGAUAGCGCACGUGUAUUUGAAGAAAUUCGUCAAGAACAAGAACAUACACAACAUGUUGAAAAAGCUAGAAAACAACUUGAAAUACAAGUAAAAGAACUAAUGGCUCGUUUAGAAGACAGUGAAUCAGGUGCUAUGAAAAAUGGUCGUAAGGCAAUGGGUAAAUUAGAACAACGUGUACGUGAAUUAGAAACAGAAUUGGAAGCAGAACAACGUAGACAUGGUGAAACUCAAAAGAAUUUAAGAAAAGUUGAUCGACGAAUGAAAGAAAUUAGUUUACAAGCUGAAGAAGACAAAAAGAGUCAUGAUCGUAUGCAAGAAUUAGUUGAGAAACUUCAAGGUAAAAUUAAGACAUACAAACGACAAGUUGAAGAAGCUGAAGAGAUUGCUGCUAUCAAUUUAGCUAAAUAUCGUAAAAUACAACAUGAAAUCGAAGAUGCUGAAGAACGUGCUGAUCAAGCAGAACAAGCAUUACAAAAACUUCGAGCUAAAAAUAGAUCAUCAGUAUCAACAGCACGUGGUGUAAGCGCUGCACCAGCUGGUGGACCUGGACAUGCAAUGGACACUCUCAAGGUCACUUCAGCGUCGCUCAAAGGUCGUUCAUAAAUUCUAGUAUCAUCAGUAAUUCUCCAUACAAACUUCUUAAAUUCAUUCACUCGAUAUCUUCCCAUUAUUGAUUAGGACUGUAAUUGAUCAGUUUAUUGUUGGCACAUAUGCAUCCUAUGCAGAUCGCCUUGGUAUUGCCUUAAGUCCCAAGUUUCAUAAGCAAAGAUGGAUAGUUGCUAGCAGUCGAAUCGAAGACUCGUAUUUCGUCCCAUAUGUGACUCGUCAACUGGAUGUACCUGCAUCUUAGAGUUAAUGUUCACUCCGGGGCUUAAACCCAAUACUGUUCACUUCAAACGCCAUCGUAUUAUCCACUUAGCUACUGAGUUCUUUUCUUCAUAUUUUCAUUUAUCUAAUUAGUUUUAAUAACUAUUAUGAAUAGUAUUCCAUGGAUUUUUCUUUUAUUAUGUUUUUUUCUUUAAAUAUUUCUUAAUAGAAUCGUGCUCGUAAACCAACAGCCAGCUUAGCACCAGAAGAAGAGUAAAUCACAUAAAUUAACAAUUGAAUUGCUAUUGACCAGUAAUGAACUGUAUUCUAAGAAGAAUAACAUCAUUGCAAAUGCUUUCUAUCAAACUGUUCAUUAUUAUUUUACAUUUUUGCAAUACCCUCUAAACCCCAGUUCGUUUACUUUUUCAGCUUCAUAUUUAGUUUUAGAUCAAUUGUAUUCAGUACAUACUUAUUUUUUGUGCAUUUCACUCUUUCUAUAUAUCUGUAUUAGUAUAUAUGUAUGUAUGUAUGUGUGUGGGCUUAUAGUGAACAUCAACUAAAGAAUACUAACAUAACAUUAAUAAUAAUAAUGUGUGUUAAGACUGUUUGAAAGGUGAAUCAAUUACAUAUAUAGAAUAUAGUAAUAGAUACACAUACACAAUCAUGUAUACCUACCUUUCCCUUGGCUAUACACCUAUUGUCUUACCUACCUACCUACCUACCUUCCUUCCUACACCUAAGUUCACCUAUACACCUACUUUGUGUCACCUUCAACAUUUGAGAUCAUUGUUGAAGGUUGUUUUGAACAUUGUUCAGCGGUAGUGUGUUUUUUUAUUUAAAAAAAACACAUCAGUUUCAGAUGAGCUCCUUUACCCUUUGCAAUAAAAAUAACAACAUCAUUCAAUUGUGUUUAGGCUCAUCGAAAAUUCACUUUUUGUUGGUUUUUCGUUGGUUUCGUACAAACAUACAUAUACACACCAAUUUUUAUUUGUAGUUUUGUGUUAUUAAUUGUUUGCUCAUAUAUAUAAAUAAAUAAAUAAAUAAGUAAAUAUAUAUAUAUGUAAACAAGAGACAACAAAUCGUCAUUGGUUCCUAUCAUUUUGGCUCUAGUCUAUGGAAAUAAACAACUAUAAUGCACAGAAUCUACCAAGUUCCAUACAAACACACACACACACACAAACAUAUAUAUAUAUAUAUAUAUAUAUAUGAACAUUUAUCUAUAAGCACUUACAUUCACAUUGAACAUGAUACUGAGUCUCGCUAAAAAGAAAAGAAAAGGAAACCAAAUCAUCAUAUAUACCAUCUCUUUAUUUGUCUAUCUAGACCGUCUUAUCAAUAAUUAUGCACCAUAUGGGUUAAGUAUCGAUUUGAAAAAUUAAAAAAAAAUAUAUCUAUGAUCUAUAAUUGCUAACUGGUCUUAAUACAUUUAUUACAAUAAUUAGUGACAUACAUAUACAGGUACCGUUUUCUUUUACUUUUCCUUGUUUUGUCUUCUAUUUCAAAUCUCUUUGCAUUUUUUUUAAAAAAAAUCUCUGUACUUUUCUUUACAUAAUGAAUAAUAUAAAAAUGAUUGUAUUGUAAGUGGAAGGACUACUAUCUUGGUCUCCAUUUCUUACACACACACACACACGCACACACUCUAUGUCUCUAUGUAUUCAUUAAAAGUAAUAUUGUUUAUUCACUGCAAUGUUUCUCAUCUUACCUAUCAUUAUUAUCAUUAUUCUUAAUAAUAAUAAUAAUAAUUUAUUAUUAUUACCUAGUUUACAAGUCUACUUACAUUGGAAUACAAAAAAGUAAUUUCAUCUCCCUUGAGAAUGCUAAUCAUUGAAAUGAGUAAUAAAUUCACUUACUCUAUAUGUUUAUUGAA